GUUGGAGCCCCGAGGAAGGGAAGGAUUGUCAUUGCCAUUCAUGUACAGGUAGACAAGAGGUACUAGGUACUUGAUUAAUGCUGCCACACUUCUUAUAUUUUUAAGAGCUUUAGUCAUGUAUCUUGUACUGGCAUGAAGAAGGAAUACAGUAGACACCUAGUAUUUAGUACCUCCUACUCAGUAGUUGCUUCUACUGUGAAACCGCCCAUCCAUUCUCAUUCACUCAUUCAUUCAUUCUUCCGAUGUACAAGUUUCAACCAUUGAGCAGAAGAAACUUCGACCAGUGACCACAAAGCCGCAACUUGACAAGAAAAACGGUACAACUUGUUUAUUAUGCUAGUGAUUGCUCAGCUAUGAUUACCCAUUGCUGUUGUUUCCUGUCUUUUCUUUAUCUUUUGUUACUCUAACAAACCACAAAUCACCAAGACUAUCCUCAAGAAACUAUUGACUUGCCCCCUAUCGUUUAAUCUUUAUACCUGUCUACCUCCCCACUGCAGUGGCUACCUGCCUACUCACCAUCUUUCCCAAUUAACCAUCUCGACAAUAGCGUACAAUAGUACAAUUGCCGAUUGUCUACCUGCCGGUCCUUCUAUCAAUUUACUAGAUUCAAAUAAAUAGGUAGUCAAGGCUACUCUAUUGAUACCGAAACGAUAAUCCAUCAAUUAGUUGAGUUUCUUCGAGAUCCCCUCCUAUUAGGAUCAGCUUGGAGGAAGAGACAAAUCACCUCCUCCGCCUGUCCGCCCAUCAGCCCUCUUCCACCCCCAAGGUUACAUGGAGUACAUGGGUUAAAGCGACGGACCCUCUUGAAAUUAAAUGCAAACAUAGCAUUUUGUGCUAAGACAAGGAAGGACUAAUGAACUCGGAACCAGAAUCUAUCUUUGCUUCCAGAUUUGAGGAGAAUUGUCGACAGCAUCAAGAUCAACAGCAACAGCAACAGCAACAGCAGCAGCAACAGCAACAGCAACAGCAACAGCAACAGGAACACCAAUAUCAACAUCAGCAUCUUCGUCACGAAGAAGUGAAGAAAGUCAGCAAUGACAAGCCUCUUAUUAACAGUGUCAGCCGCUGCACAAUCACAAUUAAUCAAUCCCCCAUACCAAUACUAGAACCGACAUUGGCACAGACGUCAUGUGGAGCUAGUGGCUACGCAUCUGGCUUGGAUCGGACAAAGGGACAGGGGUUAAUUUCAACACAUGGUACAGAAGAAUUCGAUACUCGAGAAUCUGGACAAUUCACAUCAACAAACAAGAACAAUUCUCCGCCUCAAUUUAUUAAUGUUGACAUUCCCAUAUCGUUGUCGUCGCACAAUAGCAAUUCCUGGCCUGCUUCUGUUUAUCCAAGUCGAGACCGAGAUGGAGACCUAGACAUACAAAAUACAAAAGAUAUCGAGACCCAAAGGAGAGUAUCAACCGCCUCGUCUGCCACUCUAUUAUCAACCCCUCAGUUGUCGCCGUUAUCACCAUCACUGCAAGCCUCGAAACAUUCUAGAGUGGAGGAUAAUGUAUCAGAGAGAAUCCUCGAUAUCACGCUCUCAGAACCACCCUUCAAACGACACCGCGCAAAAUUGAAACCUUGUCAUAUACCCCAGCCAGAUAAUGAAGCAGCGAACGACUGUCCUGCAAAUUUACAAUCGCCUAGGUCUCCCCGAUUUACAACUCAUAAACUCAGAAGGACACAUUCCUCCCAAAGUUCUCCAAAUAUAGACACGACAGUUAUGUCGAAACUAGAUAAAGACGGCACUAGUAUAACAAUACUCAAGUCAGUUCGAUCUUAGCUCGUGGUAAUAUAUUGGGGAACAACUCGAAUCCUCCUGGUAAAUCCAUCGGGCCCACGCUGAAUCUAGAACAGCAAAGGCGCACAGCCAGUCCUAAGCUGAGCGCGAAUCCUCAAGAGGGCUCAUUGAUUCACAAAGUGGGCAUAAUCGAACUUCUAGAGCAAGAUGAGAGACCAACUUUCAUAAUAGAUGUUUCUAAUCAGGAAAAUUAUAUACCCGGUGGUCGUUUACGACUAGAAUAUGCGAAUGCAUCACUGCGGGCUAUGAUUCCAUUAUUGGAAAUGGUAGCAGGCUUUGCGGAUCUGUCUUCUCCUACAAUCGUUACCCAUGCGUUUCCGGAGUUUAAAGCAUGGGUGCUAAGUUUUGUGAGCAAAGAAGGCGAAUCUUUAGAUAUAUGCUUGCCAUCAUUUUUGUAUGGAGGGUUCACGUGGAGUUGUUCGACUUUAAGAAAACGUCUUCGUGUAAUGAAUGGCGUUAGAACUCAGAUUCCCACAACCAACUCGACCUCAUCGAACGCAAACAAUAGCAGCCCUGCUAUACCGAAUCCAGGUUUCGUAAUAGGUCAAGAUUUGAAAAGCUCAACGGAUCUAUUCCCUGAGCCAUCUGAUUACUUUGGAGAUGUAGCUACAGUUGUCCCAGAUUCGGGCCCGACAGAAUCACUUCUUGUUGGCAACAAAGUAGCACAAAUAGAUGGGUCCUCAUUCGAUUGGACAAGACUUCCACUAAACGCAGCGUUACCUCGACACAUUCAAUUCACUCGUAAUGUUAAUUGGUCAGCCUCCCCUCUUGGACCCAUGAAAAACUGGAGUUUUGACUUGAGAGCUAUGUGUAAUCUCAUCAUGGGAAGUCCUCACCCAUCGGCCAUGUACUGGGGAGCUGAAUAUACAACCAUAUACAACGAAGCGUAUAUCUUACUAGCAGGUCAAAAACACCCUAGCUUGAUGGGUCAAAGUUACAAAACAGCUUGGGCGGAAAUCUGGGGUGAUAUCGAAGCGGUUUUUGCAAAAGCGAAAUCAUCUGGUCAAGCCACCAUGAAAGACGAAGAUAGACUUUUCAUCAAGCGAAAUGGUUACCUGGAAGAAUGCUACUUUGCAUGGAGUAUAAUUCCACUAGUCGGAGAGGAUGGCUCUGUAGUCGGGUUGUAUAAUCCGGCAUGGGAAAAGACGAGAAGGGUGAUAUCGGAACGUCGAAUGCUUACUUUGCGAGAAGUUGGAGAGAAGACAGCUACUGCGAGAAACAUCAAAGGAUUUUGGGCACAAGUCAUCAAAUCAUUGGAGUACAACCCCUUUGACAUACCGUUUGCUUUUCUCUACUCUGUCAAUGAGGAUGUUGAUAGCGACAUGAGCUCACAGAGAUCAUUGAACUCCGGAAGCAUGUCACAAGCUCCAUGUUGUGUGUUGGAGGGAACAAUUGGCGUACCUUCGGGCCAUCAAUCAGCUGCUACACCAUUGGACCUUCACCUCAGCGAAGAUGGAUUUGCUCCAUAUUUGAGAGAAUGUAUGAGGCUUGAUAGGCCUGUACUGCUUACCACUGAGGAAGGAACCCUACCAGCGGAACUAAUCAAAAAUCUCGAAUGUGUAGGGUUUGGCGAUCCUUGCCGAGCUGCCGUUGCCAUACCACUUCAUGCCACUAGCAGAGAGUCCAUACUAGGUUUCUUGGUCAUGGGAGUGAAUCCAAGAAGACCUUAUGACGAUGAUUAUAGUUUGUUUGUUGAGCUCAUGACUCGCCAAUUGGCAACUUCAAUGGCGUCAGUUGUUCUCUACGAGGAAGAAAUCCGCAAAGGUCAGAAAGCAGCGCGCAUUGCUGCCCAAGAUCGCCAAGAAUUAUCGGAGCUUGUCAACCUACGCACCCAAGAAGCCGUGGAAAGUGAAAGUAGAUUUACCCGCAUGGCUGAAAUGGCUCCGGUUGGAAUGUUCAUUGCGAAUUCUCAGGGAGAAAUCACAUUUUCUAACGAUGCUUGGUGGGAAAUAUCGCGGCAUCCUCGAUCAGAUAAUAGCGCAAAGUCAUGGAUGGAAAGCAUAAAAGAAGAAGAUCGCGAAGGAGUUCAAGCUACCUGGAACAAAUUGGUUGCACAGAAAGUAAACGUGACGAAAGAGUUUCGUUUCAAAACGCCAUGGCAAAGUAAGCAUGCUUUGACCGAUACAUGGGCUCUCAUGAAUUGCACUUCACUUAGGGAUAAAGACAACAACCUGAUGAGCAUCUUCGGCUGUAUCACGGAUAUAUCACAUCAAAAAUGGGCAGAGGAGUUUCAGAAACAGAAGACGAAAGAGGCAAUAGAGUUAAAACGACAACAGGAGAAUUUCAUCGAUAUGACUAGCCAUGAAAUGCGCAAUCCAUUGAGUGCGAUCCUUCAAUGUUCGGAUGAAAUUACCAGUGCUUUGACUGCUCCUGCUCUCAAAGGUCUGAAAUCAAAUGCGCGAAAUAUGGAAGCGCCUCAGGAGAUAUCAGAACUUAUCGAAAGCAGCAUUGAUGCAGCUCAAACUAUCGCACUUUGUGCGCAGCAUCAGAAACGCAUCGUCGAUGACAUCCUGACCUUGUCUAAAUUAGACUCUGCGCUCCUAGUCGUAGCACCUGUCUCAACGCAACCAAUAUCUGUAGCCAGGCGUGCCAUCAAGAUGUUUGAAGGAGAUAUGGAAAAACAUGACAUCUCUAUAGAGUUUCAAAUCCAGGACUCGUAUACUGACCUUAACAUCAAUUGGGCAAAGCUUGAUCCAUCACGGCUAUUACAAGUCCUAAUAAAUCUGCUAACGAAUGCUAUAAAAUUCACCACGGGUCAGCCUCAACGAUCAAUUAUCGUGAGUAUUGGUGCGACGAAGGAACAUCCGGCAAACAGUGAUACCACCGUUCAAUAUUUUCCUUCGCGCUCAGGUAUUACGGGUUUGGCAAUGGAUGAAGCAGAAUGGGGUCCAGGCGAAAAUUUAUAUCUGAAAUUUGCUGUUCAAGAUACAGGCAGAGGUCUUGAUGAAAAAGAGGUGUCGAUUUUAUUCCAGCGAUUUUCACAAGCGUCUCCACGCACUCAUGUUCAAUAUGGCGGGUCAGGCCUCGGAUUGUUCAUCUCGAGAGAAUUAACCGAACUUCAAGGUGGACAAAUUGGAGUCUCCUCAGAAAAAGGAGUCGGCAGUUGUUUUGCGUUUUACGUCAAGGCUCGUCGGGCUGAGCGCAGUCCCGAAACAUCACCUCUAUCUUCUCCAAACUACAGUGCCAUGAAUCGAAAGCCUUCUUCGCGUACCCCAAAUCUUACAGCGGUGGAAAAUAUCAACAGCUCGUUGGAGAAGCCAGUGCAUACCCAAUCCAAAGGAGAAGCUUCAACAAGUGUAGCUAGGAUAUCACCAAGGCCAAAAGUUGAUUACAAAGAUAUCACAAUUCUUAUCGUUGAAGACAACCUUGUUAAUCAACGCGUUUUGCAAAAACAAUUACACAGAGCCGGGUUUGUGACGCAAGUUAGCAACCACGGGUUGGAGGCUUUGCAUAAGUUGGAAGCGUCGUCUUUUUGGAAGAAUGAAACUCCCACCGCGGAAAGAACAAGUAUUUCAUGUGUUUUGAUGGAUCUUGAAAUGCCAAUAAUGGACGGUCUUACUUGCACCAAAAAGAUUCGAGCAUUAGAGGCCGAUGGAACGAUUGUUCGCCAUGUUCCAAUAAUUGCAGUCACAGCAAAUGCAAGAUUGGAACAAAUUGAGACGGCUUUAGCUACUGGGAUGGAUGAUGUUGUUUCUAAACCGUUUCGCAUGCCAGAUCUAAUACCAAAAGUUGAGGCAUUGGUAAUAAAGAGUCAAGCGGGUUCAAAGACAGAGUUGGAAUAAUCGAAAGUCGUUUGGGAAGGAAUUUCAAGUUUUGGGAACUAUUCUGUUUGUGACAGCAAGCGAUUUAGACGGAUGGAAUAAGUGAUGGGGGUUUAUACACGCAUAACAAUGGCGUUUGGGAUUAUUUGUGGAUGGUGCGCAAGUGGGAUACCCAAAUAGUACACAUGCAUUUUCUGCAUUUUGGUUUUAUGGAGUUUAAUAUGGAGGUUUGAUUUAUUUGGGGAGGAGUUGAAUGAACGGACGAGUGUGAUGAGAAGAAAGAAUUUGACGGGAAAGAGGUGCGUGAAAAGCAGGGCGGUGGAGGAGGUAGAUGUUCAAUCUUUCAAUGGAUGGAUGGGUGGGUGGAGGAUGAUAAUGAUGUAAAUAUCGACAUGCUAUACUGAUAGUGGUAUGUCAUUAAUAACACAACAUUGCAUCCACAGCAUAAUAAUUUAACUCCCGA